CCUUUUUAACCCACUGCGCGCUUGUGAACUUGGUGGAUUCCUCCCGUUAACACGAACCGCAACUUGAACGAGAACCGUUCAUAUCACUGGUGGUUCAAAGACUUGAACAAGGUCAUAUUUGAAGGAGUGAAUCAUCACUUUCAUAUCUACUUCCUCAUUGCGUCUAGCAUCUGGUAAAGUUAGUCGGUAUUCCAGGUAUCCAAAACGCGUCAAUCACAUACUAUCACGUAGUUGCCUGGCAUGAGAUAAUCCCAUCACCACCCGCGGCAUCAACGCCGAGAUGAAGUCAACCAAACAUAAACAAUAACACAAUGGUCCAGAGCUGAAACAGAAAAAACAUCACGAUGGAUGAGUACGACAACAAUACUUCUCAUGGGAAAGACAACUUUCCCCGAAAGAUCCUUUCCCAGCUUCUUGGCUCAAACGGCCCCGUCCACGCAGUAACCUACUCGGCCUCCCCAGGGACUUACAUCCUCACCGGAUCCGCCGACCGAUCCAUCCGUCUCUACAACCCCAUCCCUUCUUCUUCCACCACCACCACCACCUCCACCUUCAUCACCAAACCCUCCUCCCUCUCCCCCCACCCAUCAACCGCACCCCCACAAGGCCGUCUAAUCCAAACCUACACCGCCCACGGCUACGAAGUCCUCUCCCUAUCCGUCUCCUCCUCCAACGCCACCUUCGCCUCCUCAGGUGGCGACCGCGCCGUCUUCCUCUGGGACGUGUCCACAGCCACCACCAUCCGCCGUUUUUCCAACCAGGGCCACACGACGGGGCGGAUCAACAGCGUCAUUUUCGCCGGCGUCGACGACUCGCUUUUGAUAAGCGGAGGGCACGACACCACGGUGCGGAUAUGGGAUGUGCGCUCGCAGAGUUCGAGUAGACCCGUGCAAGUGCUGGGGGAGGCGAAGGAUGGGGUUACUUCUCUUGUUACUCCUGUUGCAGGAGCAGAAGUGAUUGCGGGGAGUGUGGAUGGACGGGUUCGGACGUAUGAUGUGCGGAUGGGAAGACUUGUGACGGAUGUUUUUCCGGGGGCGGUGACGAGUUUGUGUUUGGCGAGGGAUGGGAAGACGGUUCUUGUGGGGACUUUGGAUAGUAAGAUCCGGUUGAUGGAUAGGAGCAAUGGGCAGUGUUUGAGGACGUACGGCGGCGGGAACGGGGAUGUUGGCGCUGGUGGUGGGGGGUGGACGAAUAAGGAGAUUAGGGUGCAGAGCGUGUUGGGAGGUGGGGAGAGGUGGGUUGUUGCUGGUGAUGAGAACGGAGCGGAGAACUCGAAUGGAGAGGGACGGGUGUGGGCUUGGGAUCUCUUGAGUGGCAGGCUGGUGGCUAAGCUUGGGGUUCCGUGGGGACCGGGUGGUGGGAAGGUUGUGGUGAGAAGGGAUGGAAAAGAAAAGGAGCGCAAGAAUGUGGUCAGUUGUGUUGCGUGGAAGGAUGGUGGGUUUGGGAAUCAGUUUUGUGUCGGCGGCACGUCGGGGGUGGUGACGGUGUAUGGAGAAGCGUGAUCAUCAAUGUAUCGAUAUCUGAGAGCUCGUACAGUCGUUCAUGUUCUCACUUGAUGACAGAUCCCAUACCAACCUGGUAUAUGGGAAGGGUCAGGACACAUAGUGCGUCACGUAGCAUACCAUGCUGGUGCGAAUUGUUUCAUCUUUUCCGAGCAAAAUAUAUUCAACAAGUGU